AUGGCCGAGCGGAGAAAAUCUCAACCAGCCAGCAGGGGCGAUGCCAACAAAAAGGGCGAAAUGGAUCUUACCACCAUUCUCGACGAAGCUCAGCGCGCGGAUCUUACGUUACUCGUCGCGAACAUCACCGAGUCAAUGCGCAAACAGAUUUUGGACAACUUCGACUCCACAGCUGGACUGGACAAGUCUCUUUUGCGCGAAGGCAUGACCGAGGAUGAGAAGAUGAUGGCUGCUGACCCUGGCAAUGCCGAUGUUGGCGCCUUUGACCGAGAACGCAAACUCAAGGAAGAAGGCGACAAGGAUCUGGCUACGAUGAAGAUGAAGAAUCUCAAGAAGAACGCAUUGAAGGCCUAUGAUGAAUGGCGUGAGCAGGUCAUCCUCCGAGUCGGUCAGGUCGUCAACAGCGAGCGGACUGCCAAAGACCAAGUCCAGAAGAAUGCUGGCAAAGCCGACAUUGCAAGACCGCAGACGACUAAUACUACUGCCAAAGUCAUGGAGGCCCCAGCCAAGAUCGUCAGUUUGAGAUUUAGAGAUCUCUUUCCUCCAACGAAGACGCCGUUGACGAAGAUGCCAAUGGACAAAAGAACACUGAUACUUCAUUCUGUACUGCUCCUAUUAUUGUCUUUGGAACACUAUAAUGCCUACUCCCGUGUACUUAUGCUCAAUUUGACCUCCUCCUUGAAGCUACCCCUCAAGACAUUCGAACAGGAUGAGUACACCACCGCAAAAGGUCUUCUUGAGGCGGCCAAGGAGAUGACAGCCGACGAAGAGCGGCAGAAGAAGGCAGAUGAGAACAAAGAGUCGAGGAAAUGGAAGGUCGGUCUGGCCACGGCUGCUGGUGCGGCCAUUAUCGGUGUGACCGGCGGUCUUGCUGCACCUCUUGUCGCUGCCGGGGUUGGCUCUGUCAUGGGAGGUCUUGGGCUCGGGGCCACCACUGCCGCCGCCUACCUGGGUACCGUAGCGGGAAGCAGUGUCGUUGUUGGUGGCCUCUUCGGCGCUUACGGAGGCAGAAUGACAGGCCAGAUGAUGGAUAAUUAUGCUCGCGAGGUCGAGGACUUCCAGUUUCUUCCUGUUCACGGCAGCAGCAGCAAGAAAACUAGUGAAGACGAGAAGAAGGGCGCUAAACAAGCCAGUGAACAUGACCAUAAACUUCGGGUCACGAUUGGCAUCUCUGGCUGGUUGACAGAGAAAGAAGAGGUCGUCAAACCAUGGCGCGUGAUGGGGACUGGAGCUGAAGUCUUUGCUCUGAAGUAUGAACUCGAAGCGUUGCUGAAUCUGGGCAAUGCUAUGAAUGGCAUGGUUCGGUCGGCCGCUUGGGGUUACGCACAAAAAGAAAUCAUCCAGCGGACAAUCUUCGCUGAACUGGCGGCUGCGCUGUGGCCCAUCGGCUUGCUCAAGGUUGCUCGAGUCAUUGAUAACCCGUUCAGUGUUGCAAAGAGCCGGGCUGAAAAGGCUGGCGAAGUGCUCGCUGACGCUUUGAUCAAUCGAGCUCAAGGCGAGCGGCCAGUCACUCUCAUCGGCUAUUCGCUCGGAGCGCGUGUCAUAUACACGUGCUUGAUGAGUUUGGCGAAACGGAAAGAGUUCGGCAUCAUCGAGCAUGCUGUCCUCAUCGGCUCUCCUACGCCUAGCGAUACCAGCGACUGGCGAGUCUUGCGCAGCGUCGUUGCAGGGAGACUUGUCAACGUCUUCUCGGUCAAUGAUUACAUUCUAGGGUUCAUGUACCGCACAUCAGCCGUCCAAUACGGUGUUGCGGGUCUGCAAAAGGUCGAAGGGUUGAGUGGCAUCGAGAACUUCGACGUGUCUGACGACGUCGACAGCCACCAGAAGUACCGGUACUUGAUUGGAGCGAUCCUCAAGAAGAUUGGCUUCGAGGACAUCGAUAUGGCGGCGGUGGAGCAGGAACAUCAGUCGCUGUUGCAGAUGGAGGAAGAGGAGAAGAAACAAUCACUACAGUCACAACGCAAAUGGUUGUUACGGCGUCAAUCCACUGGCGGCAAGGAAGACGAAGCGGCCGAAGCAGAGGCCGAAGCCAGCGAGUUGGAAAAGACCGUUCAAGACCAGACGCAGAAGAGCUUGAUGACCAGAGCGAUCGAAUACUUCUACGUCCCUAGUGUUCCCAGCACUGCAGAAGCCGAAAGAUCAGCUGGAAACCUGCAGAAUGCCGCGCAGGAUCCUAGUCGGGCAGGAAACGUCGCAGGUCAGACAGUGCAAGGUGCUCAGGACUCGACGCAGGGCUAUGCUGCCAAACUGUACAAGAGCCUACCUAGUAUGCCAUACGCGAGCCGGUCAACGCCGACAAGUGCAGCACAGAAACCGUCUCUAGGGGAUACGAAGGAUGUUGCUGGGCAAGCAAGCAGAGCCGGCGAAGGCGCCACUGGCCAAGGCAGGAACUAUGUCAAGCAAGCCUCGUCAUAUCUCCAAUCUUUGCCCGGCAGCAUUCCGUCGCUGUCAAGAGGCACUGGCGGCAGAACCAAAAGCCAAGCAUCCAAGGCAGAGUCCCCUGCACCGCAAAAGGCUGUCGACAUGGCAUCCAGCGCGGCCGACACCACGACAUCCGGCGCGAAAAGCACAGCAGGUGUCGUUUCCGAUACGCUUUCUCCAACUGUGCAGAACGCGCUCGACCCGAAGGACAACCCGGCGGUGCAAUCUACGAAACAGGUCGCCAACAACGCGCCCAUCAUCCACCAAGCCAAAGAUCGAGUACCAGCACCUGUGCAAUCCGCCGCCGCAGAAGUCUCGGAUGCAGUAGGUACAACGGCACAGAAUGCAAGCCAGACAACGCAGAAAGGUCUUGAUACCGCAACCAGCAAGGCAGGCGAUGCAGGCAAAGCUGUCACAGAAGCCGGUUCUUCAUUAGGAGGCAAAGCAUCCCUUCCAGGCUUGGGCAGCCAAACCAAUGCCGGUGCCUCCAACACAGGGGCGGGAACAGGAGCUGCUAGUUCGAGCUAUACUUCGCGAGCCGCGUCCUACUUACCGAACGUCAGCAUGCCGAGUCUCGGGUUCGGCGGUGCCGGUCAGAAUCAGAAAGAAAGGGCUAAGCCACCGAAACUCGAGAAACGGCCGUCGGCCUCACGGCCCAUUCUCGACAAGAGCCCCUCAGAAACCGAGAAGGCGGGACUAAAAUCUCCCAUUCUCCCAACAAGGCUCGACAGCAUUCCGUCAGGCGUCAAAUCGCCGGCCGCAGGCCUCAAACGAGUCCUGUCGGGCGCCAGGUCACCGCUUCCGAAGCUCGACAAGGUCCCCUCUCGGUCUGGAGUCAAAUCCCCUCCUGCAAAGCUCGAACGUCUCCCGUCUGCUGCGUCGGGCGUCGACACUCCACCCACAUCCGUCCCGACGCCGAACCUUUCUCGACAAGCGUCGGGCCUGAAGUCACCCUCUGUGCCGCCUAAACUUCCUCCACGGCAGAGCUCAAGCCAACAAGGCCAACUCAACAAAACGGACAACAACAACAACAACAACAACAACAACAACAACGUCAUCUCUGGCACAGCAGCACCUGCUGAUGCAGCCGCAGGAGUCUUUCAGGGUGCUACCAAUGUAGCAUCAGGUACCGCAAAGCAGGGCGGAAAUAUGCUCUCGGGGAUGGGUCGAGCCGUUGGAUUUUGA